AUGUUCACCAACGUGAAACGUUCUCUCGAGUUCGAGGCCUCCCAAACCCGGACUUUGCAAGGCAGGGCUACGAACUGUGAGAUGGAUCGUUAUAUGAGAAUGAUUGAGUUUAGCGUCAUUCUGCUCACGAAGUCAUCAGACUUUAUCGGGUCGUUGCAACCUAUUUACGACAAAAUCUUUGCCGGAGCCUUCGAUGAGGAUAUCACGGCGGAGAAACUCAGGGCGCACUACGAACGCAAUCCUGACCUCGACCCCAACGCUUUCAUGCAAUACGUUUUCCUCAACCCCAAGGCUGCUGUCCCGGGACUAAGGCGGGCCGCGCAGGCGUCUGAGCUGUUUUGGCUACCAACUACGAGUAAACGCGAUGGAAAGGCGUUAUCGGAGACCUCCCGCCAUGAAGUGAAGAUAGUUUGGUCGCCUUUCUCCAUGACUUGUUUUGCACUUGGCUGA